AUGCCACCCGCUCAGAAGACCCUGAAGUAUACCCAGAUAUCGAAAGAGACUUUCAAAGCUGUUCUCUCUCGCUAUCCAUCUACCGUGCCUGAAAACCUACGCGAACUCGAUGCGCUGCGCUACGACACCAUCCCGGCCACCGUCACCUCGCGCAAAAAGAAGGGCGCGUAUCUAACCAAAGAUGAAGCCGAGAAGCUCGUAGAAUGGAAAUUGUACGUUGAUUCUGAUUCGUUCAAUGGGACCGUCCACAAGUUUCCCAUGAAACACGGCACAUUCCGCCCCAAACUCCUUCAAUUAGUCCAGUCCAAUGCUCCCAAAGACAUCGAGCAGAAAACACGAAAUGCAUUCUCCGACACGCCCGGCGAAAAUGACGAGUGGAUGCAUCUCCACCGCAACUCACCCUUGAACGCACUCGAAAUGAUCUCCCUCAAAGUCCUCACUAAAUUGAAAGGUAUCGGUCCAGCAACAGCAUCCCUCCUCCUCUCCACCAACGAUCCCACACUCAACCCCUUCCUUUCUGAUGAGCUCUUCCGCUGGCUAAUGUGGGAUAUCCCCGGCAAACCCGGCGGCUGGAACCGCGUAAUCAGGUACAACGUUAAAGAGUACCAAGAGCUGCUGGGCCAUGUAAACAAGAUGAGAACACGGCUGGGCGUGACGGCGGUGGACAUGGAGAAGGUGGCUUGGGUGUUGGGGAAGGAGGGUGUUGAUGUUGGGAAGGAUGAGCAGGUGUUUUUGAGCAGAUUGGGUGAGAGGGACGAUGUCAAUGGCGGGGAGGUGGCGGAGAAUAAAGACGAGGAGGCAGAGGAGGGGAGUGGGGAGGCAAUGGUGGAGGAUUCUGUGCCAGCGAAGAAGGACGGAAAGAGGAAGUUUGCAGGGUCGAAGGAAGUUAGUGGUGGAGAAAAGGAUGUCAGUGGAAAGGUAAAGAAAGGCGCGAAGAGGAAGGUUGUUGAGACGGAAGCGCCCGCUGAGGGUGUGCGGAGAAGUAGUCGGAGGAAGACAGCCCCAUAA